CCCUUCUCCGUCUUUACCGUCUGCGCGUGCUGCUGGUUCCGUUCGCGCAGAUCUGGACUCGCAACAACAGUGUUGGGCUACAGGACACACUGUCCUCAGCCUUCUUGAUCGUCAGGCCUCCUACAAUACCUGCCUGAGAGGCUCAUCGAGAUUUUUUGGACACGAUGGAAGAACUAGACGACAAAUACAUAGGCCUGGCACUGGCCAUACUAGGCACUGUCUGCAUAGGAGCGAGUUUCGUCAUAACGAAGAAAGGCUUGAUGCAAGCGUCAGAGAGACAUGGCUUCGAAGGAGACGGUUUCACAUACUUGAAGAAUGCAACGUGGUGGGGAGGAAUAAUAACAAUGGUCGUUGGAGAAAUCGGUAAUUUUGCAGCAUAUGCGUAUGCUCCCGCCAUAUUGGUCACACCUUUGGGAGCACUGAGUGUCCUAAUCGGCGCUAUCCUCGGUUCAUAUUUUCUGGGCGAACGACUUGGAAUACUCGGGAAAAUCGGUUGCGCCAUCUGUCUGUUGGGUUCUUUGAUAAUUGUCCUACAUGCGCCCCCAGAUAAGGACAUACAACGAAUUGACGAGAUGCUACAAUAUGCACUUCAUCCACUAUUCGUAAUAUAUUGCCUAAUUGUCGCAGUCUUCUCUGUGUUCAUGAUAUACAAAGUCGCCCCGAAAUAUGGACGUACAAACCCUAUGAUAUACCUCUCGAUAUGCUCGACAACAGGAUCGAUAUCUGUCAUGGCGAUUAAAGGCUUCGGGAUCGCGCUCAAGCUCACGUUCGCGGGUAAGAAUCAAUUUGUAUACCCAUCGACAUACAUAUUUUUGAUCGUCGUGGUUGUUUGCAUCCUUACACAAAUGAACUACUUCAACAAAGCUCUUAGCCAAUUCUCGACAUCAAUAGUCAAUCCCCUCUACUACGUAACGUUCACGACUUGUACUCUCCUUGCCUCGUUCCUCCUCUUCCGCGGCUUCAACACCACCUCUGCCGUCGACAUCAUUUCACUCCUCUGCGGCUUUCUGAUCAUCUUCUCUGGUGUCUACCUUCUGAACCUCUCCCGUGAGGACCCCGACGGCAAGAGUAAACUCGCAAAUAAAUUCUCUGACGGCAUUCCAACGGACGGAAUUGCAUCUGUCGGUACGCGGCGCAGUCUACAGGCGCGCAGGAGUAGUGUCGAAGCCGGCUAUGCCCGCGGCAGCUUCGGCGACCGCGACGCACUGAUGCACGGCUACGAUGAAGAAAACCAAUUCGGACUCGGUGAGCUAGCCGAGGACAGCGAGGACGACAGCAGUGGUCACCGCAAGCGAACGAGCUUCGACGAGACGGAAGCGAAUCCGCGGAAGAGCACGCAGACGCGUACAUCGAGCGCUAAAGGUGUGCGAACUAGUCUUAAUGUCCGCGGGAAGAGUGUUGAUCGGUGAUUUCUAGGCGAUGCGUGGGCAGAAUGGUAGAAUGUCGAAGUUCGGCUUGAUUCGCGAGUACAUAUAUCUCGCGAAAAUCAACGACACAUCGGCA